ACUUCAAUGAAACACGUCGAGUUUUCACCUACGGAAUUUUUUGUUUCUAUUUUCUGUUUUUUCUUUCACUUCUUUCAUUUUUUUUUUUUUGUUAAACCACACGACCUUGCAAAACACAAACGAACCAUUGAGAUAAUUCGUUGCUCAAAGCACACGCGCGCCGGCCGUUACACUAAAACGCGUUUCUUCCUAAUUUCUUUACUUUAUUUUGUAUAAAUUGUUAAAAUUCUCGCAGCACGAUCUUAUCCUGGGCGCAAAUAUUUCUACCUUUCGCGAAUACCUACUCGUCGUAUAUUUCACUCACGUAGUUCAUAACAAACAAAUUUCGAUAGCUGCUGCUUAGAAAGAAGAAAAAAAUUUAUACGCGAACAGAGAACGAAAGCUUGGGGGUACGAUUUCCCCUGCUAUACGAGUAUGCUGCUGGUGGCCGUUGCGUUUGUGCGAAUGAAAUUCCGGAUAUAUUAUGUACAACGUAUCCGAUCAGGUACCUAUAUGGUAUGCUGGUAAAAUGAACGGAAAUUGAGAAAGUUGGCGAAAAUUGCUAUAAGAAUAUGGUAGAGUAGCGUCGUCGUCGUCGUCGUCGCAGUCGCAUCGUAGACCUUUGGAGGCUUUUCAGCACAACUCAAGUCCACAGCGGAGGCGCUAUAAUUUUCAAGGAAUUUGUUUCCAUCAAAACCAACAACUUUAAUGAGUGACGAAUCACAUUUUCAAAAUAAUUCGAAUUUUUUUCACAAUUUUGAGGGGCAGAAGGAUUCUAGUCGAAUCCAAAAAAAAGAUUCUUCAAAAUCAGACAUCCUGAAUAAGAAUCAGUAAGUCUAGCUCUCGUUCGUUUCUGAAUCGACCCAUCUCUGCUGACAUAUGAUCACAAAUCUCAUAAAUUGAGUAAGAGUUGGAAUCUCACGACGUACCAAAACAACCAACACAUGUUAGAACAUCCAAUUCUAUAUUAUAUGUAAAUAUUUUGAAACUACGCAUAAAUGAGAUCACAUCAAGCAUGCGACAAUGAAUACCCGGAAACGAUACAUAAUUUCAACAUCGCAAACAUGUAUACCUACUAGCCAGCUAUCGAUUAACAUUCAAUAACACACAAUUAAAUUUUCGAAUCGUACAACCAGUCGUGAAACUAAACUACGGGCUGAAAAUUGGUUAUUCAUUCGUCAUUUACUGGACGCGAGUUUCAUAUGUUUUGAAAUCAAAAUGAGUAUCGAAUAUUUCUUUGGUAUUACAGUGAUGAUGCAAAUUAUCACUGAAAUAAGAACUGAAGACCUUAACUACCCAUACGAAAAAUGGCGUUACGAAGUACUCGUAAUUAAUGCAAAUGAGACAAACGCAAUAAUUAUGAAUACAAUGUAUCCGCUAAAGCAGAUGAAAGUUUGCGCGUACCAUUUGGAAGAUAGAUACAAGCAUUAUAACAACGGAAAGUAUCAACUAACUGAACAACUAACCAAUACAUCCUCAAUGAGCAUUUUAUUACGUUAUGUACGAAGACAUCGUCACUUAGUUUUUAUUAUUCACGGAUUUUUAGAUGAUGGACGGCAUUCUGGAUGGGCUUCUUACCUGGGAGAAGCAAUUAAACGACAACAACCAGGAACUAUGGUACUCGUAAUCGAUUGGUCGGAUGGAUCUAAAACUUUAAAUUACAGAUACGCAUCCGCAAGUGCAAUGGAAGUUGCGGAUAAGCUAGCCAACUUUAUACGACAGAUUCUGUCCGCGAGGGAAUUAAACGUACAAGUGCAUAUCAUAGGUCAUGGCUUAGGAGCUCUAAUCGGUAGACGGAUCGUUGGCCGAGUACCCAACAUACACAGAUUCACUAGUUUGGAUCCAUUCGGAAUUGAUUUUGAAACGUAUCGCUUCGGCAAUGGAAAGGCAGAGAAAACGGAUGUUAUUCAUACAGAUGCAUUUGUGAACGGUUUCGGCGAUCCGAGAGCUUUUGGCACGGUUGACUUUUACAUGAAUAACCGCGACCGCAAAACGAAAGAUCAACCAGGAUGUAAGAAACCUGCAGGAAUCAACGUUAGACAUCUUUUAAAUCGAGUACAGCAUUUUAGAUUUCCAACGGUUAAACAUCAAUUCCACCAAUUACACCGAAUCUUUCAUUUGCUCAGACGGAGCCUAUGUUCGCACGGCAGAGCUGUGGAGUAUUUUAUCGAAGCAGUCAUGAACCCAAGUUGUAAAUUCGCAGGAAAAACGCUAGAAGAAUUCGGGAAACUCAGAGUACUAGGAUUGGAUACAUUCGACACCAUCGACCGGCCGCAAUCUAUCGAAAUAAAAGUUUACGCAGAUACAAACAGUUCGUAUCAUUUUUGCCCGUAUGCGGUAAGGCCGCGACCGCUACCGCCACCGCCACCAGCGCAGCCUUGGAUCAGAGUUGACACUAACAUCACUCUUCGGGGGGGAUAAGGCAUGCGGCGAUGUUAAAAUCAAUUGAGUGCGAGAAAAAGAAAGACCGCUUAGAUCCACGUGGAACUUUAAAUACCUUUUUUAAAAAUCUGAUAGCCUACAUACAUGGAUUUGAUUCCCUUAAGGAACGUAUUACUUGAACUGUGUUCACAAAGUAAAUAAAUGUUCUAUGUACCUAUACGAAUGAAUAAAUUUUAUUUUUAAAAUAA